AUGGCGUCUGACAUGACGGCGCCACUGCUGGAUGCCCUCGCCUCGUCCGAUGGGCCUCUUUUCUCGACCGACGCUUUCCCCGCCGUCCCCUCGUUGACGAUAAAGGCUUCGCUUGACCGGCUGGGCUCGCGGUCCAUGGUUGAAUAUGAGACAAUUGACAAGGAAAUCGCCGUGCUGACCGAGGAAGGAGAAUCCAUCGCCGCCUCGGGGUCCCACGAGGCCAAGGUGUUUGAAGCCGUUGUCGCCGCCCUCGACGGAUUGAAGAUUGGAGAUCUUCCCGGCGUCGUGGGCAAGGAGGUCGCCAAGGUCGGCCAGGGAAACGCUUUCAAACGCGGCUGGAUCAAGAAGGACAAGGACUUGCUGAGAGCAAGCACGGACAAGAUCCGCGACGAGACCAGAGAGCAAUUGCAGACCGUCAAGGACACUCACACCUUUCCGGAUGCCAAGGUCAUUGCUGAUCUGAAAAAGAGGAAACUGAUUACGCUUCAGAAAGUUAUCAGCUUCAAGAUUUCCAAGGGCCCCAAGUUCGCCAGAGAGUUUGUCAAGGAAGAGACCGAUUUGACGGCAGAAAUGCUGGCCAACGGAUCAUGGAAGACCGCCCAGUUGAAGCCUUACAACUUCAAAGCCAAGGGUGCGCCCACCCCGACCGGAGCCCUGCACCCUCUGAACAAAGUGCGACAGGAGUUUAGAAACAUUUUCUUCGAAAUGGGAUUCGAGGAAAUGCCCACGAAUCGUUUUGUCGAAACCGGUUUCUGGAAUUUCGAUGCCCUCUACGUUCCACAACAACACCCUGCCCGGGAUCUCCAGGAUACUUUCUAUAUUGCAGAUCCUCUCACGGCAGACCCUCCUCGCGAAGACCCUCCCAACGACCCUCAUCUGAGGAAAGCAUCGUCCAUGCCAUCUUCCGCCAAAAAGACCGAGGACAAGCCUCUUAACUACCAGGAAUACUGGGACAACGUACGUGCUGUCCACGAGUCGGGCAAGUAUGGAUCUAUUGGAUACCGCUAUCCCUGGAACCCGGACGAGUCGCUGCGACUGGUUCUCCGAACACAUACAACGUCUGUAUCGACAUAUAUGCUACACAAGCUCGCCGCCAACCCACGACCGGCCCGGUACUUUAGUAUCGACCGCGUGUUCCGCAACGAGGCCGUCGACGCCACUCACUUGGCUGAGUUCCAUCAGGUCGAAGGUGUCAUUGCCGAUUUCGGUCUUGCCCUGGGCGGUCUGAUUGGAUUUAUGGAGGUGUUCUUCGCCAAGAUGGGUAUCCAUCAACUGCGCUUCAAACCCGCGUACAAUCCUUACACUGAGCCGAGUAUGGAGAUCUUUGGAUACCACGCGGGACUCGGUAAAUGGGUCGAGAUUGGCAACAGUGGUAUGUUCCGGCCGGAAAUGCUGGAGCCGAUGGGUAUUCCAAAGGAUAUGCGUGUGUAUGGAUGGGGUCUGAGUCUUGAGCGACCCACGAUGAUCAAAUACGGAGUGAGCAAUAUUCGAGAGCUUCUCGGCCACAAGGUCGACAUCAACUUCAUCGAGACGAAUCCUGCCGUUCGCCUCGAAAGGGAUUAG